AGGGUUAUGAUGCUGGGAGCUGCCCGGCGAUGGCGAUGGCGUCUCCCGGCGUGGAAUCUGGGAAGCAGGAGCUUGUAUUCCACGCUCAUGGACAAGCAUGCGCCCAUUCCCGACGAUAUUUUGCGAAUUUUGGAGAAGAGAAUGAGCUCUAUUGAAGACCGCCAUGCUUGUCUUUCCAAAGCGCUUCUAGAGCCUGGGAUUGCGUCAGAAAAGCUCAUCAAGAUGAACAAGGAGCUUCGCAAUCUGGAUUACUCCGUGGAUAUGAUCAAGGCGCUGAGAGCCAAAGAAAAGGAAGUAAUUGGCUUGAAAGAAUUGGUAAAAGAGUCCGUUGAAGACGAAGAAAUGCGUAGGCUGGCCUCUGGAGAACUUCAAACGGCCACCAGAGAAGUGAGAGAUGCUCAGCACGAUGUUCUCCUGGAGCUUAUUCCUAAGGAUGAAGCUGAUAGCAGAGGUUGUAUUCUCGAAGUCAGAGCAGGAGCUGGAGGUGACGAAGCGUCAAUUUUUGCGUCUGAUCUCUUCAAGAUGUAUGAGAAAUAUGCUGCAAACAACUCAUGGAGGUUUGAAGUUCUGAGCAUUACUACCACCGACACCCGAUGUUACAAGGAGGCUAGUGCUGCAAUAUCUGGAGAUGGUGUUUAUGGAGCUCUUAAGUUCGAAAGUGGCGUUCAUCGCGUCCAGCGUGUUCCUGUCACUGAGAAGGCUGGGCGUAUACACACAAGUACUGCGUCAGUCGCUAUUCUUCCCGAAGCGAAUGAGAUUGAUGUCGAGAUCCGUAAUGACGAGAUAAAGAUAGACACUUACCGAGCUGGUGGAGCCGGUGGACAGCAUGUAAAUACUACCUGCAGCGCAGUCCGAGUUACCCACGCUCCAACAGGUAUCGUGGUCGCAAUCCAAGACGAACGCUCUCAACACAAGAACAAAGCAAAAGCUUUGAGUAUUUUAUAUGCUAGGCUGUACGAGCUCGAGCGGUCCCGAGCAGCGGCAAGUCGGUCUGAAUUACGACAAGAUCAGAUCGGCUCAAGCGACAGAUCGGAGCGCAUAAGAACGUAUAACUUUCCCCAAGGUCGGGUAACUGAUCGUCGAGUGGGAGUGACGCAACACGCGAUUGAGCAAAUUAUGGAGGGGAUUGGUCUGGAAAUUUUUGUGAAUGCGCUCAAGAUGCAGCACGAAGCGAGCGCUUUGGCGUCGCUCAAAGCUGCAGCAGCUUGACUACCCAUAAGUUUCACUGUUUUUUUUUCUUCC